AUGUCAUUAUUAUGUUCUAACAAUAAUAAUAGUAAUAGUAUUUUUGAAAAUUCCAACGUCAACAACCCAAUAUCACAACUUUCAAACAAGCUUUUUCAAGAUGCCACCACAUCUAAAAGAAGCCUAAUACUGGCAGCAUCAUCAACCGAACAGGAGGAAUCAAGGAAAUUUCCGUCAUUAGUAAAUUCUUCUUUUCGUACAACGGCUAUGAAUAAUUAUGAAGAAAAUGAAUUCUUUCCAUCAAAAAAUAAAGAUAAUAUUAAUAUCAAUAAUGAUUUAUUAGAAGAAGAUGAAGAAUGGAGCGAAGAAUGGAGUGAUGAAAAAUUGACAGAUAAUAGUAUUUUUGAAAAUUCCAACGUCAACAACCCAAUAUCACAACUUUCAAACAAGCUUUUUCAAGAUGCCACCACAUCUAAAAGAAGCCUAAUACUGGCAGCAUCAUCAACCGAACAGGAGGAAUCAAGGAAAUUUCCGUCAUUAGUAAAUUCUUCUUUUCGUACAACGGCUAUGAAUAAUUAUGAAGAAAAUGAAUUCUUUCCAUCAAAAAAUAAAGAUAAUAUUAAUAUCAAUAAUGAUUUAUUAGAAGAAGAUGAAGAAUGGAGCGAAGAAUGGAGUGAUGAAAAAUUGACAGAGUUAUAUAUUAAACAACAUGGAUUAGAUCAAUCUCUUGAUGAUUAUGAUAAUAAUGAUAAUUUAUCAAAAAAUAACGAUUUAAUGACUUUUCAUACAAAUCAUCAUGAUUUAUUUCAAGCACAACUUUAUUUUGACUGA